UCAUUCAGUAAUUUGUAGAGGGAGAGUGGAAAUGCACAAGCAGCUCAUGUCUUGAGGCCAGAAAUUGCUGGGUGGAAGAGGAGAGAAACCUUGAGAGUCAAUGCAUUUCCCCAAUAUAAAUUCACUGUAAAAGCUGUUGGCGGAAUUGUAUUGCUGCUGUGCCCUGCUGAGAUUGACUGCUGUGCUGCCUAACGCUGUCUCUGAGUAACCACAAACAUGAGCAAGAGCUCGUCCAGCCAGAGGAAGAACCCCAAAGGUGGAAAGAAGGUUAAUGGAGGUAAAAACGGCAAGAAAGAAGGCUUGUCUGGAAGCUCCUUUUUUACAUGGUUUAUGGUGAUUGCGCUCCUUGGUGUAUGGACAUCUGUUGCUGUGGUGUGGCUUGACCUUGUAGACUAUGAAGAAGUUCUUGGGAAACUUGGAAUUUACGACACAGACGGUGACGGAGAUUUCGAUGUCGACGAUGCCAAAAUCUUGUUAGGGUUGAAAGAAAGGUCUGUUGUGGUGCCACCUGCUGAAGAUACUGAAGAUGACCAUCCAGCAACACAAGCUACAACUGAACCAGAAACAGAGGAUGAUGUAGAAGAAGAUAUACAGGAUAUUACUAAUGACAUUCUCCAGCCUCAAGAUGAAGCUGCUGAUGAUUUAGACAAAGACUUAGAAGAAAUUUUCCAAGACAGUCUUCAUGAAUCUGCUGCUGAUCUUGACAAAGACCUAGAGGACAUUUUUGAGGAAAGUUAUACAGAAGCUGAUGAUGAUUUAGAUACAGAUACAGACUUAGAAGAGAUUGUUCUGGAAAGUCUUCUUGAAGCUGAUGAUGAUUUAGAUACAGAUACAGACUUAGAAGAGAUUGUUCUGGAAAGUCUUCUUGAAGCUGAUGAUGAUUUAGAUACAGAUACAGACUUAGAAGAGAUUGUUCUGGAAAGUCUUCUUGAAGCUGAUGAUGAUUUAGAUACAGAUACAGACUUAGAAGAGAUUGUUCUGGAAAGUCUUCUUGCUGAAGAGGAUGUUUCUGAAACUCAUGAAGAGACUGAUCAAGAUGCAGAAUAUUUAGAGCCUGAUGCUGAAGAACAAGAUGAGAAUGAACAGCCAGAGACUGAAAAAGAGGUGGAAGCUGUGGAAACAGCAAAUAUAGAGGCAGUUCUUGCAGAGGAGCAGCAAGAGGAACUGGAAGCUCAAGAAGGUGAACAACCAGAAACAACUGAUGAAUUACCGGAGACUGAGGAGGUUGUUGAUAACUUUGUGGAGGAACCUGAAACAGAGUCAAAUGAGCAAGAGCUAAAUGAAGAUGUAAACGUAGAACCAACGAUCGCAGAAAUGUAUCAAGGCGAGCCAAGUGCAAUAGAAGAACCAGAGCCUCAAGUUACUGAAGAAGCAGGACAUGAGGAGGAUGAAGCAGAACCCGAGGAGGAAAGAGAAGAGCAAGAGGCCCUAGAUGACAACCAAGAGACAGAGCAUGAACCUGAGACACUUCAAAAGGAAGAAACACCUUCAGAAUCAGCAGAAGAAUUACACUUGGAUGGAACUAUUGUAGAUGUGCACGUCAACUUUGAACAAGUAGAAGAGCAUCACACUGUGGAGGAGCCCCAGCAUUUAGUAUCAGAUAAUCAGGGGCCUUCUCUCUUUGCAGAAGAAGAACGUUUACAUGUUAUGAAAGAACAGAUAGAAGAAGAAGAAGAACAUUUACAGGUUAUGAAAGAACAGAUAGAAGAAGAAGAAGAACUGUUACAUGUUAUGGAAGAACAAAUAGAAGAAGGUGACCAUCCUGUGGAGGGAGGCUUAGAUGAAGCGGCAUUUGAGCAAUUGCAGCCCCCUGCAGAGAAAGCCCCAAGUGAACCUGAAGAGACAAACGAUUUACAAACUGAAGAAGUCAUACAGGAUGAUAAAGCAGAAGAGAGCAUAUCUGUAUCUGAGGAACAACAAAAGACGUCGACAGAUGAAAGUGUAGUAGAGUCUGAGCAAAACACAAAGAAGCCAGCAGAUCUUUAAGAAGUCCAAAAAGACUGCCACUACAUCCAGAGGGCCAGCCCUAACCAAAUUCUUCACAAGGGGAGCAGAUUCUUUAAUACAACCUAUGAAGUCAAUUGCAUUUGGUGAAUCUCUGGGAGAGAACACUAUGAUAUGUUAGACAUUGUUUGUAGAAUUUUGUUUUUAGGUUACAAUUAAUUUUUACUCUCUAUAAUUCCCUGAUGUUUUUAGCUGUGUUUUGUUUUUUCCUUUCAUUCCUUUCGACGGCAUCUGUGCAUGUUUUUUAUGAGCUCGUUUGUACUCACCAAACAAUUGUUGAUGAUAUUAUUUAAGAAGUAGCAGCAAUGGGUUUGUCUUUAGAAGUCAGUCUAUAAAUUAAAUUAUGUUUCGUGCACAUUCAGAAACCUAUUUGUUCCCAUGAGCCAGUUGAAUGUGUGCAGUUUAUAGCACUAAACAAACCUGAUCUGUAACACUAAAAAAUAAUAUUAUAGAAUACAUGAAGUAGUCUUUUGUGAUUGCUGCUUUUAUAGAACAUUUCUUGGUACUGUGUUUUGUUUAUGAACCGAAGUAAAGCUCUUCAUAGGGAGCAAUUCUGGACACUUAUGAGCAUUUUGAGAACUGCAUUCAGGAUAACUAUACCUUGCCAGUCUAAGACUCUUAAAUCUAGAUAGAAAUAGGUGCAUUGUUUCCUCUGAGGCAAGAAUUCUUAAAGGGAAUCUGUCACAGGAAAACAUGUUUUUUUUACAAAAUGCAUCAGUUAAAUGUGCUCCUCCAGCGGAAUCAUGCAUUGAAAUGCGGUUUUCAAAAGAGCAAACAGACAUUUUCUAUUAUGCUUAGACAUGGAGCUAGACAUGUUGCCAGUUUCCCAGGUUCCCUUGGUCAUGUGACUUGCGCUCUGCAAAACUUUAUUCACAUUAACUUGUAAUUUUUUCCCCCAUUUUUUUUAUUUAUAAUCGUUUUGUUUUUAUGAUCAGUCAAUCACUUUGCAGCUCCUUCUGUAGAUAUACAACGUCAAUACACUAUGCAUAGACAAUCCUUGAUUUAUAUAAAACUCGGAAAAAGUGAUUGGAACAUGACUGUGAUGUGAUAUUUAGAAUAUUUUCUACUGAUUAUUUCUUUCUUGGCUGCUCAGUACUCAGGGCUGUAAAGGUGUAAGCAAGUGAGAUAGUGAAAUGUUCUGAUAUUGAGUUAUUAACCACAAAACCAGAAAUAGAUGCACAUUCAAUACUCCAUUUUACUCUGUGAUCAUUUGAGUAUUGGAUGGUGUUUAUUUGGCAUAGCAUAAGCUAUAGAUGUGUUUACUCUGGUGUUUCUUACUCCUUUAUCGUUCUUGUUUUGCUUGUUCAUGUCUUCCAUGAUAUUAUGAAGACUUGUCGUAUCUAUAGAAAUAAAAACUUGAACAAAUUGCAUCUGGUUUUGUAAGGGGGAAAAGGGGGGAAAUGAAUUAUUGGUUAAAAAUAACUGUUUUUCUAAACUUUAUUGGUAGCAUUGGGUAUUCUGGAAGCAAAGGUCAUUGUUGAGCACAAGUAGGUUUUUUAUCUUAGAAAAAUUAUAUUUUCCGCUACUAUUUUGGAUAACAAAGAGCAAUAAUAUUCUAAAUAGAUGAUUUGUACUCAUGGAUUAAGAAACGUAUUCUGUUUUGUGAAUAAUAGAGCCGUUUACAGCGAAGCCAUAUUUUUAUUUAAAAGUGGUCACUUGGGAAAACAUUCUAAAAUAUUUGGAGUUGGUUUGAUUUAUUAUCUUUCCUGGCAACAGAAAGUGGUUUGCAAUGCCUAGCUUAAAAUGUAUUGGUGUUAUCACCAGAACGAAUGCUUUGUGAGGGAUAUUUUGUACAUGGAAAUCUAUGUAUAGAUUAGUGAGUUCAAGAAAACAUAAUGCUGUGAUCAUUUUUGUUGAUAGAGGUGUAAUUUUAGAUCUCGUUUUUAAAAGUUUUAUGAAAGUGCAGAUAAUGGGCGUUUUACAGACAAUGUACAUUAGUUCUUUUGUAUUUUGUCUGGAAUAAAAAAACAAAGACUAAACCA